AUGGCUGACAUCCUCCCUCAGCUCAUCGACUUUGCCUCACAACUCGACCUCCAGCGCGUCAUCGUCCUCCAGACCACAAUCUGUCUGUUUGGCGCUAUCAGAAGUGUGCCCGCCUACAACAUCCCCUUGCUCUUCUUUGGACUCUAUGCCUAUGAACACCAUGACUCUGUCGACCCGCUUCAGCAGUUUGCAGGGUUCACAGCGUUCAGCAUUCUUCUGGAUAUUGUCUGGUGUCUCCUCUCACCCGGCAUUGGCUUUGGAGAAGCCAUCAUCUCCGCCCUUCAGCUUCUCAAGUACCGAGGCGACCCGUUUUCGAAUCUUGGCGAAGGAUUGAAUUGGACUGGACAGCGAUCGCACGGAUUCGGAAAUGGAUCGGCGUAUCAGACACUGGCAGAGGAUGAACGCGACGCAGAAGAGAUCAGCAUCCCUCGUCACCAUAAUUACCAACAUGGACGGCACCGUGGCUCUCACCAGUCGAGUUCUUUCAUGACCAACAGCAGUCGAUCGGGUUCGGUCAAGUCAAAUCGGACUGGAAGUGGUCAUAACGUCGAGCUUGGACAUCAUGGUAAUGGGUAUGAUAGCUCAGCAUCUGGUGGUGGUAACAGUGGACAUGGAGUAGGACCAACUCCAGUUUCUGGAACUCCCGGCAAUAGUGGCGCUGCUGCUGUUAGUGCCAUGGAGGAACGCAAGAACAAGGUCGGACAGAACGUUUCGGAGGACGAGGAGGAGGAUGUGAGCAGCCAUGAUGGCACCCCCAGCAGUGGACCAGUCAAUGCCCAAGCAGGAUACCAGCCAUUUUAG